AGCAUGACCAAACUCGCACUGCGCACCCUGCACAGCACCUACUUAAGAAAGAAAGUUUUUCUCCAGGAAGAUCGAGGAGCAGCUGGAAGCGAAGUGGUCGUUCAAAGCGGUUUCGAAGGCGACGUGGAAGCCAUAUAUUCGACGCAGCGUUUCGGCUUCUGGACCUUUAUUUUCGCGGUGUGCAUGUUGCUGUUUUCUUGUAUUUGUUUUCCAUUGGUUCGUUAUAUACCCUUGUUGAAGCUUUUCAUUCAAAGUCGAUCGAAAAAGGGAAGGGACAAGGGAUACCAGCUUGUUUCAAAGGUGUUCAGGGAACACGGAAGAGUGCCUCCGACCUUCAAGAAGUACAAGAAAAUACAUCGGAAACUUGGUCCAGAAGGGGAUCCGCUGUUGAUGCUGAAACAUUGA